UCAUCCGUCUCCACGCGUGUCGAGUGUCUAUACUGACAUCUAGCGUUCUCUUUCAGGCUGCGUUUACUCCUUUAUCUUGUCAAGUCUGGAACCAGAAGGAGCUAGCCACCAGAAAAGAAAACCAACCUGCCCAUGAAAGAAGGAAGCGGAGGGGAGUCCUCAUGGACAUCCAAGAUGAAGAAGGGAGGGAUUUCAUUUGUGACCUCACUUCAGGAAGGUUGGAGAUACAUGAAGGCUACUCUCAUAGGCCAGGUGAAGAAACUGACAGCCAAAAAUGAGAAGGAAGCUAGUGAAGCAGACCUGCAGGCAGCUAAGAUGCAGGUGGAAGCAGCAGAUGAAGCCGAGAACCAGAAAAAAGCAGCCGGACAUGUAGCAUAGAGUGUCUUUCCUUGGACACACCUAUAUAUGUUUAAUACGUUGCUUUUCCUAAAUGUAGGCACUCUUAUGCAUGCUAUGCUGCGACUUUUGAAUCAAAUAUAGAUGAUGAUAUGCACGCAAUAGCUUUCUCAUAUCAUCACCUCAGAUGUAAUUUUUUCUGCUCACAGUCAAAGGGGGGAAAUCCUAAUAUUUCAUAAGCAAGUUGACCAUUCUGAAGAAAACGAGAAAAAUAUGAUAGCGUAGCCAAUACAAGUAGUUGAAUACAUCAUGAAUCUUAAUAUUCUGGAUUAAAGAAGAAGAAGAGGUUUUGUGACACCAAAAGUGUCUCCAGAUCAGGAAUCUUUUUUGAUCUGAUCGAGUCGUGACUUACUAAUCACCUGUGCAGCAGCAUUGGUGGCAUAGGGUGCAUAAUAUUUGGUUCAGAUCAGAUUAUCAGCCACCUUUAUUUGCACCGAGCUGCUGUUUGCAAGCCAAACGGAUACGGAUUCAAAUGAGCAUACUGGCUUGCAAACGAGUUUAGUAUAAUGUCCUUGAUCUAAGCAAGAAAGUAGGCCUGCAGAUGGGCUUGGAAGGGUUGUGCCAAGGUUCAUGAAUCUGAUCUGAUUCAUUUGGCAAUAGAUUGACAACUGAAAAAUGCCUGUGUUUCAUGCUAGGCAUCCGGUGAGCAUGAUUGGAUGGCCCUCAAAAGCUUGGACAUAGUAUGAGAAAUUAGCAACAACCACAGUCCUCAAUCAAAACUUAGUGCCGAGUUUUUUAGCAAGAUAGUAAUGGAUUAUUCUAUUUGAUCAGAGUAUGACUAAUCAGACUGAAAACCUUCUUUUGCUACUCUUAACAUAAAAUCAACCCACUGUAAACUGGCAUCAACUUACCAGCAAAGAUAAUUUGGGCAUAUGACAGAUCUACUGUAGAAACCCAGGGAAAGCUUGUGCUAUAGACAGGGUAGUUUAAGUCCGCACAACCAGAGGAUACAACCGCCAAGACUGUUCUAGGUUGGAAACAGUAGAUGAAAAUUUGCCAUAAUAGUGUCUUUUCUCGAAUGAAGCAUUUCCUGUAAGAUAAAUCGCCUCUAGAGGCAGCAAACGCACAAGUUCGAUACAACUCGAAGAGGUUUAUUAAUAGAAAUAAGACACUACCUCAUUAAUCUUCUAUCCAUAAGCAUGGCUUCCCAAAAGAAAAAAAAAAAAAA